AUGCGGCGGCGGCGCGGCGGGACCAUGGUUGAGCGCGCCAGCCGGUUCGUGCUGGUGGCGGCGGGCUCGGCGUGCUUCAUGCUCAUCCUCUACCAGUACGCCGGCCCCGGGCUGGGCCGCGGCGGCCCGGGCCGCGCGCCGCCCGACGACCUGGACCUCUUCCCCACGCCCGACCCGCACUACGAGCGCAAGUACUUCUUCCCGCGGCGCGAGUUGGAGCGCUCGCUGCGCUUCGACAUGAAGGGCGACGACGUGAUCGUGUUCCUGCACAUCCAGAAGACGGGCGGCACCACCUUCGGCCGUCACCUCGUGCAGAACGUGCGCCUCGAGGUGCCCUGCGACUGCCGGCCGGGCCAGAAGAAGUGCACCUGCUACCGCCCCAACCGCCGCGAGACCUGGCUCUUCUCCCGCUUCUCCACCGGCUGGAGCUGCGGGCUGCACGCCGACUGGACCGAGCUCACCAGCUGCGUGCCCGGCGUGCUGGACCGCCGCGACCCCGCCGCGCUGCGCGCGCCCAGGAAGUUCUACUACAUCACGCUGCUGCGCGACCCCGUGUCCCGCUACCUGAGCGAGUGGCGGCAUGUGCAGCGCGGGGCCACCUGGAAGACCUCCCUGCACAUGUGCGACGGGCGCACGCCCACGCCCGAGGAGCUGCCGCCCUGCUACGAGGGCACGGACUGGUCGGGCUGCACGCUGCAGGAGUUCAUGGACUGCCCCUACAACCUGGCCAACAACCGCCAGGUGCGUAUGCUGGCCGACCUGAGCCUGGUGGGCUGCUACAACCUGUCCUUCGUGCCCGAGGCCCGGCGCGCCCAGCUGCUGCUGGACAGCGCCAAGAAGAACCUGCGCGGCAUGGCCUUCUUCGGCCUCACCGAGUUCCAGCGCAAGACGCAGUACCUGUUCGAGCGGACGUUCAGCCUCAAGUUCAUCCGGCCGUUCCUGCAGUACAACAGCACGCGGGCGGGCGGCGUGGACGUGGACGCCGCCACCGUGCGGCGCAUCGAGGAGCUCAACGACCUGGACGUGCAGCUCUAUGACUACGCCCGCGACCUGUUCCAGCAGCGCUACCAGUACCGGCGGCAGCUGGAGCGCCGCGAGCAGCGGCUGCGCAGCCGCGAGGAGCGCCUGCUGCACCGCGCCCCCGAGGCGCCGCGCAACGAGGCCGAGGAGGGCCGCGCGCCCACCGAGGACUACCUGAGCCACAUCAUCGAGAGGUGGUAGGCGCGGGCCUCGUACACGCGGUCCGCUCCCCGGCAGGUGCGUCCGGACAGGCGGACAGGCAGGGGCCAGUGGGGCUGGUGCUCUCGGGUUCCCAGGCCUGGAUCUGAGGAGCCCACCUGUGCCACCCACGGGCUCGGGCGGAGUCCUGUGGCCAUGGCAGCAGCUGGAGAUUUGAAGACAAGGGACAGACCAUGGAGCCAUAUGUGGGGAGUGGCCCCGCCCACUGCACAUCUCUGUUUGUCUGUGUGUCUCUCCCUUUCUCUUUCUCUCUCUCUCUCUCUCUCUCUCUCUCUGUGUGUGUGUGUGUGUGUGUGUUUCCCUUUCUCUCUCUCUCUC